UUUCACCCAAGCCUCCACUCCGGCGCACAUUGGCUCCCGCCGAUACACUUCUCCCUCAAUCUUCUGCGGUCACGGUUUCGAUAAUGGACGUGCUCUUCAACUCAAUCAACGUCCGAGAUCUCCUAUCCUCCCACGACCUCGAUGAGUCUUCGCCGCUAUCCGCACCCGAUCUCCGCCUCCUCAUCGACCGCCUCCAGUUCCAGUCUCUUCAGAUCAAGUCUAAAGUUCAAGCCUAUCUCCUCUCUCACCAUGCGGACUUCUCCGAACUCUUUUUUCGGUGUUCAGAAUCCGCAUCCAGGUGCGAACAAAUCUCCGACUCCGUUUCCAACCUCCUCGAUCUCAUCUCCGACCACCCGAUCGAUGCCGAGAUCCGAGUCGCGGUGUCGGAGAUAGAGAAGACAAUGAAGGAGUUGAAGGCGAAGAGGGAAUUGCUAGACUUGGUUAAGGUAAUUGUGGAAUUGAGUGAGAGGUUGAAGAGUGUGCAGGAGGAUCUUAAGAAUGGACGGUUGAUAUCGGCGGCGGAGGCAGUUAGGGAUUUAAAAAAGGCGGUUGGAACAGUAGCCGAGGAGAGAGAGCCGGUGGUAUAUGGAUUGUUGAGGAAGGAAUGGGCAGAAUGCUUCGAGGAGAUUCAAGGGAUGCUUGUGAAGUUCAUGGAGAAUGCUGUACGUUUUGAGCGGGAACCAAAUAAAGUUCGGGUCAAGCUUCGGUUGAGUGUAGAUGGUACUCAAGAAAUUGAGCUUCGCACAAUUUUGGAAGCAAUGGAUGUGGUUGGCAUUCUAGAUUAUGGGCUUGCUAAAGUGGCUGACUUAAUGAUUAAGCAUGUCAUUGCUCCUGCAGUAAAUUGUGGAUCUCCUAUUUCAUUUACAGAAGAAUUAAUUCAAGACUCAGAUCAAAUGACUGAGAUGAUUUUGAAAACAGUCUCUUGUGAGCCUAAGCUUGAAAAGGAUGAUGCUGAGAUUAUCUAUUCAAGGAUUAUUAUGAUUAUUAAGUUUUUCUACAAAUCCAUAUGCUUCCAAAAUGGUUCUUGGAUGCGAUGUUUUGGAAGAUUAACAUGGCCAAGGAUAGCAGAGAUAAUUAUUUCCAACUUCCUUUCCAAGGUUGUACCUGAUGAUGCUUCAAAACUUGCUGACUUUCAGAAGAUCAUAAAAUGUACAUCUGAAUUUGAGAUUGUUUUGAAGGAAAUGAUGUUCAUUUCAGCAUCUGAUAACAAGGAUGAAAGAUUAAGCAAUUUUGCUGAAAAUGUUGAGGUUCACUUCGCAUCUAGGAAGAAGACAGAGAUAUUGGCAAAGGCUAGAAAUUUUCUUCUACAAUGUGACUUUGCUGUUCCUCAGGAGUAUGCGAGGACAAGUCCUAAAUUGAAGUAUGGUGGUGAGAAUUCUUCUGAUCAUGUUGUUGACUUGCUUUUUUUGUCCGAGAGAUGUGUGGUGUCUGAAGCAGCCUCUCAACUAAUGGCGCUGGUACAUCGAACACUUCAGGAUGUUUGCUUGUCUUCUGUCAAGGUGGCUUUGGAAUUCUACCAUGCUACUAGGGAUGCUAUUCUUCUUUAUGAAGCUGUCAUUCCUGUCAAGCUAGAAAGGCAGCUCAAUGGCAUUAACCAGGUUGCUGUUCUCAUUCACAACGACUGUCUUUAUCUGUCUCAGGAGAUUUUGGGGCUUGCUUUUGAGUAUCGGUCAGAAUUUCCAAGUGCCAUUAGGGAACAUGCGGUGUUUCUUGAUAUGGCUCCAAGAUUCCAUUUAAUGGCAGAACAAGUGCUGCAGAGACAAAUUCAACUUGUUAUUUUUAACUUGAAAGAGGCAAUAGAUGGGGCAGAUGGAUUCCAGAAUACCCACCAAAUGCAAAAAUUCGAGUCUGCAAAGUUCAGUAUAGAUCAGGUUGUUUUCAUCCUUGAGAAAGUACAUAUUAUAUGGGAACCAGUGCUGCCACCCUCAACUUACAAGAGAAGCAUGUCCAUGGUUUUAGAGUCAGUUUUUUCUCGAAUGACAAAAGAUAUACUCCUUUUAGAUGAUUUGGCAGCAGAAGAAACAUUACAGCUACAAAGGUUGAUCCAUUUGAUGCUGGAAAGUCUGUCUUCUUUAUUGGAGUCCUUGAUUGUUGUCGACCAAAAAGGGACAUCACAAGAAGGUUUUGCACAUCCUCUUGAUGAUCUCAUUCCAUCUCUACGCAAAACCCGCAAAGUGGCAGAUUUAUUAGAUAUGCCUUUAAAAUCCAUUACAACAGCUUGGGAGAGUGGAGAACUGAUUAGUUGUGGUUUCACAUUGUCAGAGAUGGAAGAUUUCAUCAAAGCCAUAUUUGCAGAUUCACCUCUGAGAAAAGAAUGCUUAUGGAGAAUAGAAAGUGCUAAUUUUUAGUCAACCAGGAAUCAAUCACCUCAGCAGGUGUUGAUUCCUCUGUUUCAUCAGUUAUUUAUCCAAUCUAACCAAAAGAGAGCCAAAGAUGCGAUCCAGUCUGGAGUCUUUUUGUUCCAGUCUUGUUCAUUCCUUCUUUCUAAGCAAGAUACCUUCUACGAGAGGUAUCUUUUUUUCCUUUUUUUGGUAUGAUUAUUGUAAAAAUCUUUAUUCUGGAUAUGUACUUUCUAUACAAGAAGAAAAUAAAAGGGGAAACACACACGAAUUAGUUUAGUAGAUAAAUGGAAAUUAACUUGGAAUAGAUGGUCUCCAGUUUCCAA